GUCUGAGGUUGGGAGGUUUCGGUGCAUAUGGGAUGUUAGCCAAACGCUGUUGGUUGUUGAACAUAACCUGAGUCGCCCAACUCUUCCCUUCCACCAGUGUUCUUUGGCGUUCUUCUCUUCGAUACCUGGAACCGAUUCUCCACAACCCGCGUUUUCUAAAGCCUACCUACAAUAAUACAAUAAAUCUAGCAGCCCAAGUAGGUAUCCAAGGUAACCUAUUCUGUUCCUAGUCCUUCGCUACAUUCACUCUCAAUCAUGUCCUCUGAUUUUAAUCGCCAGAACGCUGAGAAUCUGGACGACGAUGGUUCCGGCCCAGAUGCUCGCGAAUCACGCACCCCCCGGAGAAGCAGCCGCUUCUGGGGCAUAUUCGCGUCGCUGUGCAUACUCGCGUUCAUCUGCGCACUGGACGUGAUCAUCAUCAGCACGGCGCUCCCAACCAUCACGGCGGUCAUCGGCGGCGGCUCACAAUAUGUAUGGAUCGCCAAUUCGUUCGUCGUUGCCUCGGCAGUCGUGCAGCCAUUGGUUGGGCAGCUUGCCGACAUCUUCGGACGUCAGAACCCCUUGAUCGCUUGCACGGCCCUGUUCGUCCUCGGCAGCGGCAUAGCUGGCGGCGCCUCGUCCGCGGCUAUGUUGAUCGGCGGCCGAACGGUGCAGGGAGUCGGCGCCGGCGGGCUUUACGUGCUCCUGGACAUUGUGUGCUGCGAUUUGGUUCCGCUUCGCGAGCGCGGAAAAUACGUCGGCCUCAUGAAUUCGUUUGCCGGCGUUGCUGCUGCAUUGGGCCCCCCCGUCGGAGGCGCGAUUGCGCAGACGGACUGGCGCUGGAUCUUCUACCUCAACAUUCCCAUUUGCGGCGUCGCGCUUUGCGGGACCUUCUUGUUCAUGCGCAUGAAGAAAGGGUCGCAGAGCCAGCACACGGGGAAGUCAAGGUUGCUCCGGAUCGACUACGUCGGCAACUCGAUCUUUAUUCCUAGUGCAAUCGCCGUUCUCCUAGGCCUUGUGAUGGGCGGCGUCGACCACCCGUGGUCUUCCUGGCAAGUGAUCCUACCGCUCGUCCUCGGUGGUGUAGGCUGGAUUGCAUUCCAUAUUCAACAGAAAUUCACCUCCCACCCCAGCCUCCCCGGUCAUUUGUUCGGUCACCGCACUUCGGCGAUUGGACUGAUCUUGACCUUCAUCUCAUCCGUCGUGGUUCAGGCGAUCGGCUAUUUCUUGCCGGUCUACUUCCAGGCCCUGAAGGGAGCCACAGUCCUGGAAUCCGGGACGUUCUUCUUGCCAUACGCUAUUGGAACCCUAUUCUUCGCCGUAAUAGGCGGUAUACUCCUAGCUAAGCUUGGCAAUUACAAGAUCUUGCACAUCGUUGCCUUUGGCCUAUCCUCGCUCGGUCUGGGCGUAUUCACAUUGCUCGACGGCAAAACGCCCAAAGUUGCCUGGGUCUUUUUCGAGCUGAUCUCUAGCGCCGGCUUGGGAAUCACCGUUUCCACGAUGUUACCGGCAAUUAUGUCAGCUCUUGCCGAAGCGGACGUGGCGUCUAUCACUGCCGCAUACUCUUUUAUCAAGACCUUCGGAUAUGUAUGGGGUGUCACGAUUGCCUCGGUCAUCUUCAAUGCUGCCGUUAAUGCAAACCUCGCUCUUGUUUCUGACCCGGCUGUGCGUGACCGGUUGAGAGAUGGCCAAGCUUACGCGUUCGCAAGCGAAGUACACAGCGCUCGGCAGGCUGGUAGGUACUCUCCUCAGCUUUGGGACGAGGUCGGGCAGGUGUACGCGAGGAGCUUGCGGGUGAUAUGGUGGACAUGCUUAGGGUUUAGUCUUGUUGGGCUCUUGCUCGUCUUUGGCGAGAGGACACAUGAACUGAGAGACGAGCUGGAGACAGAGUAUGGGCUGGAGGAAAAGGAGAAGGAAAUGGCUGCCACAGCUAAAGACGGAACCCUUACCGUCACCCAACCCUCCAGCACGCAACGUUAGAUAGAAUUUGGGGAUUGCCUCCUUACUAGGCCUACGUAUUAACCCGUCCUGGUUGCAAGGAACUAUGACCGUAAUAUGCAUACAUGCAUUUCUGUCUCGAAUUACCAAUACUUAUAGUCACCAUAUAUGCC